AUGGUUGAGCAGACAGACUUGAACCUCCACGAACCCUUGGAUAAGGAUGCAGAGUCCACCAUUCGCAGAGUGCCCUUACAGCCUCUGCUAGCCACUGCUGCUCUCACUUUGCACGGUGAUUACUAUCGUCAGCUUCAGAGUAUAUCGAAUAGCCACAUCGUUUGGCAUCCUGUGGCUCGUACUUUUGUCUUAUCUAUCUUGACUGCUGCCCUCUUCUACGUGUACGGCGAUCUUUUCUCAAUGUCAGACUCCGUUGGAGAAUUUAUUCAUUUGUUCAAGAAUAAUAAGUUUCUCUUGACCAAAUUCUUCCCGGUGCUUCUUUUCAUUGCUGGAACCUUAGGUACAGCUAGUUUCAUGAUCACAGAUGAGUUCAGAUUGAUCAGUGAUGGCUUAGCCACCGAAAAGUACAUGCUGAAGCUUUUCAGAUUUCCAUUGAAGGUCUAUGCCAAUGCCGAAGAGAAGGACUUUUCAACCAAAUCAGCAUUGCCUUUCCUCAGCAGUGCCUCGCACUCUACCGACUUUAUCGAGUACCGCGGCUCGCCAAUUGCAGUGGUAACCGUGAUUCCCGUUCCAGAUGCCUCCACUAACGACGUCUUUUAUGCCAAAAUUUCCGGCUUGCACGUCAGAAAAGUGUAUCGUGAAUCGGGCCUCCAGGAAGAAUUGUUAAUGAUUGCUAAAGAGAAGGCCAGAGAACUUUGUACUCGCUAUGUUAAGGACAUGAAUCUCAAAACGUCGAAUAUCAAAAUCAUUAUUCAAGCCGAUGCGUACACCUGUGACAAAGUGUUGACCAAGCUCUAUGAGAGCAACGGAUUCCACGAGAUCAAGAGGUCCACUGCCAUCGAUCCAUUUUUUCCUGAAAAGAAAACUGAGUCUUUGCUCAAUAUCAUGUCUGUGGGCACCGUGAUGAAGUUUUUUGGUAUCUUCAGAGCGUCUUACGAACUAGAAUUGGACAACACAAUCGAGGUCGUCCAUGAGAAGGAGUCAAAGAAGCAGGUAAGAAAGAGGAAGAACUAA